CAUCGUCUGCCCCACCCUUUCACUCACCCCCCAGCAGCAUAGUCCUUGCGGCAUCUGCCACAGCAUCGUCUGCCCCACCCUUUCACUCACCCCCCAGCAGCAUAGUCCUUGCGGCAUCUGCCACAGCAUCGUCUGCCCCACCCUUUCACUCACCCCCCAGCAGCAUAGUCCUUGCGGCAUCUGCCACAGCAUCGUCUGCCCCACCCUUUCACUCACCCCCCAGCAGCAUAGUCCUUGCGGCAUCUGCCACAGCAUCGUCUGCCCCACCCUUUCACUCACCCCCCAGCAGCAUAGUCCUUGCGGCAUCUGCCACAGCAUCGUCUGCCCCACCCUUUCACUCACCCCCCAGCAGCAUAGUCCUUGCGGCAUCUGCCACAGCAUCGUCUGCCCCACCCUUUCACUCACCCCCCAGCAGCAUAGUCCUUGCGGCAUCUGCCACAGCAUCGUCUGCCCCACCCUUUCACUCACCCCCCAGCAGCAUAGUCCUUGCGGCAUCUGCCACAGCAUCGUCUGCCCCACCCUUUCACUCACCCCCCAGCAGCAUAGUCCUUGCGGCAUCUGCCACAGCAUCGUCUGCCCCACCCUUUCACUCACCCCCCAGCAGCAUAGUCCUUGCGGCAUCUGCCACAGCAUCGUCUGCCCCACCCUUUCACUCACCCCCCAGCAGCAUAGUCCUUGCGGCAUCUGCCACAGCAUCGUCUGCCCCACCCUUUCACUCACCCCCCAGCAGCAUAGUCCUUGCGGCAUCUGCCACAGCAUCGUCUGCCCCACCCUUUCACUCACCCCCCAGCAGCAUAGUCCUUGCGGCAUCUGCCACAGCAUCGUCUGCCCCACCCUUUCACUCACCCCCCAGCAGCAUAGUCCUUGCGGCAUCUGCCACAGCAUCGUCUGCCCCACCCUUUCACUCACCCCCCAGCAGCAUAGUCCUUGCGGCAUCUGCCACAGCAUCGUCUGCCCCACCCUUUCACUCACCCCCCAGCAGCAUAGUCCUUGCGGCAUCUGCCACAGCAUCGUCUGCCCCACCCUUUCACUCACCCCCCAGCAGCAUAGUCCUUGCGGCAUCUGCCACAGCAUCGUCUGCCCCACCCUUUCACUCACCCCCCAGCAGCAUAGUCCUUGCGGCAUCUGCCACAGCAUCGUCUGCCCCACCCUUUCACUCACCCCCCAGCAGCAUAGUCCUUGCGGCAUCUGCCACAGCAUCGUCUGCCCCACCCUUUCACUCACCCCCCAGCAGCAUAGUCCUUGCGGCAUCUGCCACAGCAUCGUCUGCCCCACCCUUUCACUCACCCCCCAGCAGCAUAGUCCUUGCGGCAUCUGCCACAGCAUCGUCUGCCCCACCCUUUCACUCACCCCCCAGCAGCAUAGUCCUUGCGGCAUCUGCCACAGCAUCGUCUGCCCCACCCUUUCACUCACCCCCCAGCAGCAUAGUCCUUGCGGCAUCUGCCACAGCAUCGUCUGCCCCACCCUUUCACUCACCCCCCAGCAGCAUAGUCCUUGCGGCAUCUGCCACAGCAUCGUCUGCCCCACCCUUUCACUCACCCCCCAGCAGCAUAGUCCUUGCGGCAUCUGCCACAGCAUCGUCUGCCCCACCCUUUCACUCACCCCCCAGCAGCAUAGUCCUUGCGGCAUCUGCCACAGCAUCGUCUGCCCCACCCUUUCACUCACCCCCCAGCAGCAUAGUCCUUGCGGCAUCUGCCACAGCAUCGUCUGCCCCACCCUUUCACUCACCCCCCAGCAGCAUAGUCCUUGCGGCAUCUGCCACAGCAUCGUCUGCCCCACCCUUUCACUCACCCCCCAGCAGCAUAGUCCUUGCGGCAUCUGCCACAGCAUCGUCUGCCCCACCCUUUCACUCACCCCCCAGCAGCAUAGUCCUUGCGGCAUCUGCCACAGCAUCGUCUGCCCCACCCUUUCACUCACCCCCCAGCAGCAUAGUCCUUGCGGCAUCUGCCACAGCAUCGUCUGCCCCACCCUUUCACUCACCCCCCAGCAGCAUAGUCCUUGCGGCAUCUGCCACAGCAUCGUCUGCCCCACCCUUUCACUCACCCCCCAGCAGCAUAGUCCUUGCGGCAUCUGCCACAGCAUCGUCUGCCCCACCCUUUCACUCACCCCCCAGCAGCAUAGUCCUUGCGGCAUCUGCCACAGCAUCGUCUGCCCCACCCUUUCACUCACCCCCCAGCAGCAUAGUCCUUGCGGCAUCUGCCACAGCAUCGUCUGCCCCACCCUUUCACUCACCCCCCAGCAGCAUAGUCCUUGCGGCAUCUGCCACAGCAUCGUCUGCCCCACCCUUUCACUCACCCCCCAGCAGCAUAGUCCUUGCGGCAUCUGCCACAGCAUCGUCUGCCCCACCCUUUCACUCACCCCCCAGCAGCAUAGUCCUUGCGGCAUCUGCCACAGCAUCGUCUGCCCCACCCUUUCACUCACCCCCCAGCAGCAUAGUCCUUGCGGCAUCUGCCACAGCAUCGUCUGCCCCACCCUUUCACUCACCCCCCAGCAGCAUAGUCCUUGCGGCAUCUGCCACAGCAUCGUCUGCCCCACCCUUUCACUCACCCCCCAGCAGCAUAGUCCUUGCGGCAUCUGCCACAGCAUCGUCUGCCCCACCCUUUCACUCACCCCCCAGCAGCAUAGUCCUUGCGGCAUCUGCCACAGCAUCGUCUGCCCCACCCUUUCACUCACCCCCCAGCAGCAUAGUCCUUGCGGCAUCUGCCACAGCAUCGUCUGCCCCACCCUUUCACUCACCCCCCAGCAGCAUAGUCCUUGCGGCAUCUGCCACAGCAUCGUCUGCCCCACCCUUUCACUCACCCCCCAGCAGCAUAGUCCUUGCGGCAUCUGCCACAGCAUCGUCUGCCCCACCCUUUCACUCACCCCCCAGCAGCAUAGUCCUUGCGGCAUCUGCCACAGCAUCGUCUGCCCCACCCUUUCACUCACCCCCCAGCAGCAUAGUCCUUGCGGCAUCUGCCACAGCAUCGUCUGCCCCACCCUUUCACUCACCCCCCAGCAGCAUAGUCCUUGCGGCAUCUGCCACAGCAUCGUCUGCCCCACCCUUUCACUCACCCCCCAGCAGCAUAGUCCUUGCGGCAUCUGCCACAGCAUCGUCUGCCCCACCCUUUCACUCACCCCCCAGCAGCAUAGUCCUUGCGGCAUCUGCCACAGCAUCGUCUGCCCCACCCUUUCACUCACCCCCCAGCAGCAUAGUCCUUGCGGCAUCUGCCACAGCAUCGUCUGCCCCACCCUUUCACUCACCCCCCAGCAGCAUAGUCCUUGCGGCAUCUGCCACAGCAUCGUCUGCCCCACCCUUUCACUCACCCCCCAGCAGCAUAGUCCUUGCGGCAUCUGCCACAGCAUCGUCUGCCCCACCCUUUCACUCACCCCCCAGCAGCAUAGUCCUUGCGGCAUCUGCCACAGCAUCGUCUGCCCCACCCUUUCACUCACCCCCCAGCAGCAUAGUCCUUGCGGCAUCUGCCACAGCAUCGUCUGCCCCACCCUUUCACUCACCCCCCAGCAGCAUAGUCCUUGCGGCAUCUGCCACAGCAUCGUCUGCCCCACCCUUUCACUCACCCCCCAGCAGCAUAGUCCUUGCGGCAUCUGCCACAGCAUCGUCUGCCCCACCCUUUCACUCACCCCCCAGCAGCAUAGUCCUUGCGGCAUCUGCCACAGCAUCGUCUGCCCCACCCUUUCACUCACCCCCCAGCAGCAUAGUCCUUGCGGCAUCUGCCACAGCAUCGUCUGCCCCACCCUUUCACUCACCCCCCAGCAGCAUAGUCCUUGCGGCAUCUGCCACAGCAUCGUCUGCCCCACCCUUUCACUCACCCCCCAGCAGCAUAGUCCUUGCGGCAUCUGCCACAGCAUCGUCUGCCCCACCCUUUCACUCACCCCCCAGCAGCAUAGUCCUUGCGGCAUCUGCCACAGCAUCGUCUGCCCCACCCUUUCACUCACCCCCCAGCAGCAUAGUCCUUGCGGCAUCUGCCACAGCAUCGUCUGCCCCACCCUUUCACUCACCCCCCAGCAGCAUAGUCCUUGCGGCAUCUGCCACAGCAUCGUCUGCCCCACCCUUUCACUCACCCCCCAGCAGCAUAGUCCUUGCGGCAUCUGCCACAGCAUCGUCUGCCCCACCCUUUCACUCACCCCCCAGCAGCAUAGUCCUUGCGGCAUCUGCCACAGCAUCGUCUGCCCCACCCUUUCACUCACCCCCCAGCAGCAUAGUCCUUGCGGCAUCUGCCACAGCAUCGUCUGCCCCACCCUUUCACUCACCCCCCAGCAGCAUAGUCCUUGCGGCAUCUGCCACAGCAUCGUCUGCCCCACCCUUUCACUCACCCCCCAGCAGCAUAGUCCUUGCGGCAUCUGCCACAGCAUCGUCUGCCCCACCCUUUCACUCACCCCCCAGCAGCAUAGUCCUUGCGGCAUCUGCCACAGCAUCGUCUGCCCCACCCUUUCACUCACCCCCCAGCAGCAUAGUCCUUGCGGCAUCUGCCACAGCAUCGUCUGCCCCACCCUUUCACUCACCCCCCAGCAGCAUAGUCCUUGCGGCAUCUGCCACAGCAUCGUCUGCCCCACCCUUUCACUCACCCCCCAGCAGCAUAGUCCUUGCGGCAUCUGCCACAGCAUCGUCUGCCCCACCCUUUCACUCACCCCCCAGCAGCAUAGUCCUUGCGGCAUCUGCCACAGCAUCGUCUGCCCCACCCUUUCACUCACCCCCCAGCAGCAUAGUCCUUGCGGCAUCUGCCACAGCAUCGUCUGCCCCACCCUUUCACUCACCCCCCAGCAGCAUAGUCCUUGCGGCAUCUGCCACAGCAUCGUCUGCCCCACCCUUUCACUCACCCCCCAGCAGCAUAGUCCUUGCGGCAUCUGCCACAGCAUCGUCUGCCCCACCCUUUCACUCACCCCCCAGCAGCAUAGUCCUUGCGGCAUCUGCCACAGCAUCGUCUGCCCCACCCUUUCACUCACCCCCCAGCAGCAUAGUCCUUGCGGCAUCUGCCACAGCAUCGUCUGCCCCACCCUUUCACUCACCCCCCAGCAGCAUAGUCCUUGCGGCAUCUGCCACAGCAUCGUCUGCCCCACCCUUUCACUCACCCCCCAGCAGCAUAGUCCUUGCGGCAUCUGCCACAGCAUCGUCUGCCCCACCCUUUCACUCACCCCCCAGCAGCAUAGUCCUUGCGGCAUCUGCCACAGCAUCGUCUGCCCCACCCUUUCACUCACCCCCCAGCAGCAUAGUCCUUGCGGCAUCUGCCACAGCAUCGUCUGCCCCACCCUUUCACUCACCCCCCAGCAGCAUAGUCCUUGCGGCAUCUGCCACAGCAUCGUCUGCCCCACCCUUUCACUCACCCCCCAGCAGCAUAGUCCUUGCGGCAUCUGCCACAGCAUCGUCUGCCCCACCCUUUCACUCACCCCCCAGCAGCAUAGUCCUUGCGGCAUCUGCCACAGCAUCGUCUGCCCCACCCUUUCACUCACCCCCCAGCAGCAUAGUCCUUGCGGCAUCUGCCACAGCAUCGUCUGCCCCACCCUUUCACUCACCCCCCAGCAGCAUAGUCCUUGCGGCAUCUGCCACAGCAUCGUCUGCCCCACCCUUUCACUCACCCCCCAGCAGCAUAGUCCUUGCGGCAUCUGCCACAGCAUCGUCUGCCCCACCCUUUCACUCACCCCCCAGCAGCAUAGUCCUUGCGGCAUCUGCCACAGCAUCGUCUGCCCCACCCUUUCACUCACCCCCCAGCAGCAUAGUCCUUGCGGCAUCUGCCACAGCAUCGUCUGCCCCACCCUUUCACUCACCCCCCAGCAGCAUAGUCCUUGCGGCAUCUGCCACAGCAUCGUCUGCCCCACCCUUUCACUCACCCCCCAGCAGCAUAGUCCUUGCGGCAUCUGCCACAGCAUCGUCUGCCCCACCCUUUCACUCACCCCCCAGCAGCAUAGUCCUUGCGGCAUCUGCCACAGCAUCGUCUGCCCCACCCUUUCACUCACCCCCCAGCAGCAUAGUCCUUGCGGCAUCUGCCACAGCAUCGUCUGCCCCACCCUUUCACUCACCCCCCAGCAGCAUAGUCCUUGCGGCAUCUGCCACAGCAUCGUCUGCCCCACCCUUUCACUCACCCCCCAGCAGCAUAGUCCUUGCGGCAUCUGCCACAGCAUCGUCUGCCCCACCCUUUCACUCACCCCCCAGCAGCAUAGUCCUUGCGGCAUCUGCCACAGCAUCGUCUGCCCCACCCUUUCACUCACCCCCCAGCAGCAUAGUCCUUGCGGCAUCUGCCACAGCAUCGUCUGCCCCACCCUUUCACUCACCCCCCAGCAGCAUAGUCCUUGCGGCAUCUGCCACAGCAUCGUCUGCCCCACCCUUUCACUCACCCCCCAGCAGCAUAGUCCUUGCGGCAUCUGCCACAGCAUCGUCUGCCCCACCCUUUCACUCACCCCCCAGCAGCAUAGUCCUUGCGGCAUCUGCCACAGCAUCGUCUGCCCCACCCUUUCACUCACCCCCCAGCAGCAUAGUCCUUGCGGCAUCUGCCACAGCAUCGUCUGCCCCACCCUUUCACUCACCCCCCAGCAGCAUAGUCCUUGCGGCAUCUGCCACAGCAUCGUCUGCCCCACCCUUUCACUCACCCCCCAGCAGCAUAGUCCUUGCGGCAUCUGCCACAGCAUCGUCUGCCCCACCCUUUCACUCACCCCCCAGCAGCAUAGUCCUUGCGGCAUCUGCCACAGCAUCGUCUGCCCCACCCUUUCACUCACCCCCCAGCAGCAUAGUCCUUGCGGCAUCUGCCACAGCAUCGUCUGCCCCACCCUUUCACUCACCCCCCAGCAGCAUAGUCCUUGCGGCAUCUGCCACAGACACCCCCCUGUAG